AUGGCCUCGCAGCUUAACGGCCAGGAUUCGAAGUUAUCUCCGGCCGCUCAACGCCGCAAAGACCACCACGAGGGUGAUGUUGUCAUUGUUGGUGCCGGAGUCCUCGGUUGCGCACUUGCAGUUGCACUAGGCAAUCAAGGGCGCAGUGUGAUCCUGUUGGAAAAGUCAUUGGAGGAGCCCAACCGUAUUGUUGGUGAACUGCUCCAGCCCGGAGGUGUUCAGGCUCUCGAGCAACUCGGCCUCCGGGAUUGUCUGGAGAACAUCGACGGAAUCGACGUGAAGGGAUACUGGGUCUCUUACUUUGGCGAGCCGGUUCUCCUUGAGUACCCCAAGUCUAGCCCGAACUCGCCCACACCGUUGGGACGCGCUUUCCACCAUGGUCGAUUUGUGAUGAAACUACGAGCCGCCGCUCUGGCCUGUCCCAAUGUCACUGUGAUCGAGACCAAGGUCACUGGUCUGGUCACAUCGCCCGAGACCCAGGAAGUCCUUGGUGUCGAGUGCCUCACUAAGGAGGUCAAGGACUGCUACUUUGGGUCUCUCACUGUGGCCGCCGACGGCUACAACUCGGAAUUCCGCAAACAAUACCACGAGUACGCACCCAAACGGCGAUCGAAGUUCUAUGGCUUGGAGCUCAUCGAUGCGGACCUCCCCGCGCCCAACACUGGCCAUGUUCUUAUCAACGACAACCCACCUGUGCUCAUGUACCAGAUCGGCACACACGAGACCCGAAUCCUUAUCGAUAUUCCGGAUAAUCUGCCUUUGGCCUCGGUGAAGAAUGGUGGUGUUAAGGGUUAUAUGCAAAAAUGCAUUCUACCCAGGCUUCCAGAGGGCGCCCAAAAGUCGUUCUCCGAUGCGCUAGAGAAGGGCCAGCUACGGUCCAUGCCGAACUCGUUCCUGCCUGCCUCGGUCAACAAAACACCUGGAUUGAUGAUUCUCGGAGAUGCGCUUAACAUGCGCCACCCUCUCACCGGAGGAGGCAUGACAGUGGCUCUCAACGAUGUCUGUCUUAUUCGUGAAUUGCUCAGUCCAGAGGCUGUGCCUCAUCUCUCCAAUACAGGUCUUGUUCUUGAACAGCUCGCAGAAUUCCACUGGAGGCGCAAGAAGUCCUCAUCUGUCAUCAACAUCCUCGCCCAGGCGCUCUAUGCGCUCUUCGCCGCAGAUGGUACGUUCUUCCUACUCUUCGGGUACUUCCACAUAGCUAACAGUUUCUCUGCAGAUCAAAGCCUCAAGGCACUACAGCGUGGUUGCUUCCGCUACUUCCAGAUUGGUCCUGUCAGCGGCCCCGUCGGGCUGCUGGCCGGUCUGAUCAAGCAACCUCUCGUGCUCGUCAGCCACUUCUUCUCCGUCGCCUUCCUUGCCAUCUGGAUGGUUUUCCGCGACACCCCUUUGACCCAUAUUCUCCUAUUCCCAUACUAUGCCUUCAUGAUCCUCUACACAGCCUGUGUCGUGAUUCUCCCAUACAUCUGGACCGAGAUCUGGUACUGA